CUGCCCUUUAAUACAAGAUAAGUUUGUUUUCAAAAUAAACAAAUCUAAUAUGUUGAGUGUUGAAAGUCAUUGAAGCAAAGUGAAAAAGCUAAAACCGUGUAUAAAACACUUCGCCAGCACCCCGUGAGAAGUCAACAGACAGUGGUCUGUGAAUUUCUCUCAUCUGCUGCAAAACGCCACCUACACAUUCCCAUUCAAAUCGCUUCAAUUUUGCGCCCACGAUUCCAUCUCUUUAUUCUCAAAGCUUGGAAUCUUCCUCUCACCCCCGCCGCGCAUAUACCAAUUUCCGUAGAAAUUCAUCUCAUAAAGUUGCAAUCUUGACUUCACUCAACCACGAAAAGCGCAAAAAAUGGGCGGUUGCUUCAGCAAGAAAAAUCACUCUAGCCCAGCCGCCAAUGGCUACGGAUCCGCAGCGGGGGGCAGCGCAGGGUACCAACAAAUCAACCAGGAUUACCAAAAACCGGCUGCCCAACACCACCCGCCGCCGCAAACUCAUCACGCGCCGCCGCCGCCGAAGCCCACGCCCCAGCCGCAGCCGCAGCCCCAGACCGCCGCAGCAGCUCAGAGAUUGGAGCACAACAACAUUCUCGGAAAGCCCUUCGAGGAUUUGAAGUCCAAGUACUCGGUGGGGAAGGAAUUGGGGAGGGGCCAAUUUGGGGUUACUUACAUGUGCACCGAGAUCGCAACGGGCCACAAUUACGCCUGCAAAUCGAUUCUGAAGAGGAAAUUGGUGAGCAAGAGCGAUAAGGAGGAUAUGAAGAGGGAGGUGGACAUUAUGCAGCAUUUGAGCGGGCAGCACAACAUUGUGGAGUUCAAGGGCGCCUUUGAGGAUAGGCAGACGGUACAUCUGAUCAUGGAGGUGUGCCGUGGGGGCGAGCUCUUCGACAGCAUCAUCGCACAGGGGCACUACUCCGAGAGGGCCGCCUCUGAUCUCUGCAGGCAGAUUGUGAAUGUGGUUCACCAUUGCCAUUUUAUGGGGGUGAUGCAUAGGGAUCUGAAGCCCGAGAAUUUCUUGCUUUCGAGCAAGGAUGACAAGGCCACACUCAAGGCGACUGAUUUUGGGCUCUCUGUCUUCAUUGAGGAAGGAAAGGUGUAUCGUGAUAUUGUUGGUAGUGCAUAUUAUGUUGCCCCAGAAGUGCUGCGGCGAAGUUACGGAAAGGAGAUAGAUGUAUGGAGUGCUGGUGUAAUUUUGUAUAUCCUUCUCAGUGGUGUACCGCCAUUUUGGGCUGAGACUGAAAAAGGCAUAUUUGAUGCUAUACUAAAUGAAGAAGUUGAUUUUGACAGCCAACCUUGGCCUUCAAUCUCAAACAGUGCCAAAGAUCUUGUUCGAAAAAUGCUGAACAAGGACCCAAAAAGAAGAAUAACUUCUUCACAUGUACUAGAGCACCCUUGGAUUAAGGGACAAGCAUCCGACAAGCCAAUAGACAGUGCGGUACUCUCUAGGAUGAAGCAGUUCAGGGCCAUGAAUAAGCUGAAGAAACUUGCAUUAAAGGUCAUUGCACAAAGCUUAUCAGAAGAAGAAAUCAAAGGUCUUAAAGCAAUGUUCGCGAAUAUGGACACAGAUAAUAGCGGCACAAUCACCUAUGAAGAACUUAAAACUGGCUUGGCUCGUCUUGGGUCUAAACUGUCAGAAACAGAAGUGCAACAACUCAUGGAAGCUGCUGAUGUUGAUGGUAACGGGACUAUCGACUACAUUGAAUUUAUCACUGCUACAAUGCACAGACAUAAGCUUGAACGAGAUGAGCAUCUCUUUAAGGCGUUUCAGUUUUUUGAUAAGGAUAACAGCGGCUAUAUCACAAUGGAUGAAUUGGAAACUGCUAUGAAAGACUAUGGUAUGGGAGAGGGAGCCACCAUCAAAGAAAUAAUUUCGGAGGUCGAUACAGAUAAUGAUGGCAAAAUCAACUAUGAGGAAUUCUGUGCAAUGAUGAGAAGUGGAACGACGCAACCAGUAAAGCUCUUCUAGAGGAUCAAAACGAUGUUUGUUGUGCAGGUCGUUUUCAAACUCGAGAGAUUUCUGCUGAGGAUAUGAGAAUGUUUGAUAAGGGUUGCAGAGCAGCAUUUUCUUCAUAGGUGAGUGGUGUGAUUUAUGAGGCAUUUUAGUUCGAAAUUCAGCAGAUCGAGUUGUGUUUAUGCAUACAUACUGUUCUUUUACAGAUAUGUCAAUCCCUUGACGAACUGAAACUUGUUUUUUAAUUUCGAAAGAGCGAUAAUUUAUGUUGUUCAAUCUUUGUAAUGAUGCUGAUUUGUGUGAAUAAUGCAUUCUAUUAAGUUGAAUCUUGGGAUAGUAUUGCGCUCUCGUUGGAGAAAUUAAACACUCUAUCUUCGUGGUUUGAUCUUU